AAAGGAAGAGGUGGAGAUUCUUUAGUCUAGAUGUGUGACUCUUUAGCAGUCUCUGACCGCUGAAGAAUGUACAGAUUCACAGAAACGAGAGUUUUAUCCUCAGUGAAGAUGAUGAAGACCCUUCUCUUCUUCACAAUCUGCCUGAUUAAAGGUCACAUGGGUGAUGAUGCUGACGCUGUGACUGGCAUCUCAGGAGGAAGUGUCAUCAUCAACUGUCUAUAUAACCCUGAAACAACUAAAGAAAGAGCAAAAAGCUUCUGCAAAGUGUCAGGCAGUGAAUGUACAACCAUGACAGAAGAAAAGAAGGAUUUAUGGAUCCCAGGCGAGAGAUUCUCUCUGACUGAUGAUACAACUCUGCGUUUGAUUAGUGUGCUCAUUAGAAACCUGACUGUAAACGACAGCGGGACGUACAGAUGUAAAGCUGACAGUAAACUCAUUCAGGAGGAGAAAUUAGAAGUGACAGAAGAGUCGUGUUGUGGGACGUCAGAGGAACAGUCUGCUUAUUUAGGAGGAACUGCUGUCAUCCGCUGUAGAUAUCCAGAGAAAUACAACGAUCAUAUCAAACAGCUGUUUAAACUCCAGAAUGGAUCACUGCAGGCUUCUUUCACACCUCGAAGUGCAAUCAAUCCUAGAUUUUCUCUGAAUGACAACAAACAGGAGCAAGUCUUUACUGUGACUAUCGUGAACGUGAGCAGACAUGAUGAUGGGGUUUAUUUCUGUGGAGCACACGUCACAAACAAUCCUACAAAGAUCGGCUACAGUCUGCUUUCCACAGAGAUUAAUCUUCAUGUCACAGAUUUCUCCAGGAUCAUCAUUAUUAUCAUCAUUAUUAGUGUGUGUGUGAUUCUGCUGCUGAUCGCUGGAUUCACUCUGACUGUCUGCAAGAGACGAGGCGACGCUCACUCACAGUUACCCACAAUCCCCUCUGAUGGGCUCCUGUACACUGCUGUCAGUUUCCAGAAGCAUGAAGAGUCUCUCAGUGAAGAUACAGUCAGAUUCAGUAAUUCAGAGAUUUACACCACGGUCAUUUACCACACAAGACUCCACUAGUUCCUUCGUGUGAAGGAGGAGCUCAUCUGUUUUACGGCACUCUUCCUCCUCUGUUACCCGCUGAGGUGAUGUGGGUUAACACAUAUCCACUUCAUUCCUACCAAAAUGUUCAGAAAACCCCAUGAAAUUACAUACUUCUAUUGUGAAAUAUAUUGUGAAAUAAACUGGUCAAGGUCAAAUAUAAUCUAAACCUAAUCAAAUAUUUCACAGGUGGUAUAAGAAAUGUGUCCACCCUGUUACACAACCUUUUACAGUUCAGUGUGUGACAGGGAGGACAAGCUACUGAAGCUGGGAAAGAAGAAUAUGGUAGCAGUGGAUGAACAUUAAAACACCUUUAGUGUCCCCGGCCCACCAGUGAGCUCAGAUGUGCUCUUUUUUCACACAUAUUUUAGUUGUCAUAAAUUAUAUAUCAAUUUAAAGCUUCAAAACUUUUAGUGGUCUGCCACCCAUAAUGUGUGGAGUCAAGUGUCAUAUUACAAAAUAU